GCCCGGUGGCGCUGUCCAUAAGUGGUUGAGAAUCGGCUACAUUCGAUAUUACAGGAAGUGAGUUUAUAGCUAGUCUUUCGUUGUCCACAACGGUUUUUGAGCAGCAAUUUCAAGUCGGGCGUCUUUUAUGAAUACUCAAAAGCAGCAGAAGCCAACGCUUACGGGCCAGCGGUUUAAAACUAGGAAAAGAGAUGAAAAGGAGAGGUUUGACCCUACCCAGUUUCAGGAAAGCAUUGUACAAGGCCUAAAUCAAUCUGGCACAGAUUUGGAAGCUGUCGCUAAAUUUCUUGAUGCCUCUGGUGCCAAGCUCGACUACCGUCGAUAUGCCGAGACACUCUUCGACAUCCUGGUGGCCGGCGGAAUGCUGGCCCCAGGAGGAACUUUGGCAGACGACAUGACCCGCACCGAGUUCUGUGUCUUCACGGCACAAGAGGACCUGGACACCAUGCAGGCAUAUGCCCAGGUUUUUAACAAGCUGAUCAGGCGUUACAAGUACCUGGAGAAAGGCUUCGAGGAGGAGAUGAAGAAGUUGCUGCUGUUUCUGAAGGGAUUCACGGAGUCUGAGCGCAACAAGCUGGCCAUGCUGACAGGGAUUCUCCUGGCCAAUGGGAACAUAUCGGCUGCCAUUCUCAGCAGCCUCUUCAACGAGAACCUGGUCAAGGAAGGUGUAUCCUUAGCCUUUUCGGUGAAGCUGUUCAAAGCCUGGAUUAACGAGAGGGACAUCAACUUCGUGGCAGGCAGCCUGAGAAAAGUCGGCAUGGACAAUCGUCUGAUGGAGUUGUUCCCUGCCAACAAGCGGAGCUGCGAGCACUUCUCAAAGUAUUUCACCGACGCCGGGCUGAAGGAACUGUCCGACUUUGCUCGUAACCAGCAAAGCAUCGGGGCCCGCAAGGAACUGCAGAAGGAGCUCCAGGAGCAGAUGUCCCGCGGGGAUCCCAUGAGGGAGAUCAUUGCGUAUAUCCGUGAGGAGAUGAAGAAGAGCAGCAUUAGUGAGCAGAGCAUGAUCAGCAUCAUCUGGAGCUGCGUGAUGAGCUCUGUGGAGUGGAAUAAGAAGGAGGAGCUAGUCACCGAACAAGCCAUCAAACUCCUGAAGCAAUACAGUCCUCUGCUGAAAGCCUUCACGUCCCAGGGCCUCUCUGAGCUCACCCUCCUGUUGAAGAUCCAGGAGUAUUGCUACGACAAUAUCCACUUCAUGAACUCCUUCCAGAAGAUUGUGGUGCUGCUCUACAAAGCGGACGUGUUGAGCGAGGAGGCCAUCCUGAAGUGGUACAGCGAGGCCCACGUCGCUAAAGGGAAGAGCGUCUUCCUGGAGCAGAUGAAGAAGUUCGUGGAGUGGCUGAAGAACGCAGAGGAAGAAUCUGAGUCUGAGGAAGAAGAGGCAGACUGAGCUACAAGCCUUCACACGUUUUAAAAUAAAAGUAGCACCCGGAUCUGGAGAAUGUUUUUGUUGCUUAAAUAGGUGUAUUUCUAGUUUUUCCUUCCCUUUUUUCUUUUUUUUUUUAUAUCUACCUCCUGUACUCUCAAACUGUAAUGUCCUAGGUGUAAUUUAAGGGCUUUGUAACAGUCAUGACGCUUUUGUUCCCCCCCCACCCCACCCCCUUCUCUUAACUAAUAAAACGUUUAUACGUCAUACGUGCCAUUCACUAAUAUACACAGCUUACUAUCUUUUUAAAAUGGUGAUGAAUUGACCCCCUUUUAGGAUGUCUUUAUUUUAUUGUAAAGAAUUUCUCUACCAUUCUGUUAUAUUUUUUUGAAGAAAUGGUUACUAAAUUGACGGUAAAACAUCUUUUCCACACCUCAGAAGACCAAGAUUUUUCUAUCUCCCCAUUGGUGCAUUUUUUUAUUACGGUUGUUGCUGUUACUAUGGCCAAAUAUUGCCCAGGUGUAUGUCUGGUUUUAUUGCUCAUGGCUGUAAUUGACCACUGUGGGGAUGCCUUUUUAUUACAACAGUCACAUGAAAUCCACCCAUGUGCCAGCUCCAAGAUUCAGUAGUCCCUCACCCCAUACUCCAGAUAUUGAUGGACUUUUUAAGAAAAAUAAAGACUUCAAAAGGAAA